AUGCGGUCUCGCAUCGUCAGGGAUCCCGGCGUACCGCCGACUCUGGUGGCGCGUCCGGAGGACGUGUUCGAGGACAACGGAUCAGGGAACUCUUCCAUGUGCGCUCACGCCUUGAAUGGCUUUGCCGUCGGCGAACGCUACGACACCGCGAAAAGUAACGCGGCAGCCACACUUCCAGUGAAGUGGGACCGCGACGAAGCGUUAUGGCAGCUGAAGAUAGCCCUUGGUGUCUCACCUGUACUGCGGGAGAGAGACGUACCAAACUUGGCAAACCCAGCUCUGCGCGCUCACAACAGCGCACAGUUGCCCCUGCAACUCAACGCCGGGGACGAGGCAGCUGCUACCGUUGCCCAGAAAGCGUCCGCCUCCGAUAAGCAACCGCCAUCGGCUCAAGAGGGCGCUCCCAGAAAGGGCAAUAGGAUCGACCACUUCAUUCCUCCCGUCUACAGAUUCAGCUCUGCCUCGUCGGCGUUCUCUUCGCCUCUGUCGCAGGCCCAUGUGCAAACUGCUCUGGCUCGCAUCCAGGAUGAAUGCAACGCACUGAUGCAGCGCUUAGGCGUGGGUGCUGCCACGUCAGGUGCAGAAGUGCACCAGGCAAACACGGACGUGCCCGACGACGAGCUUCAAGCGGCGCAGCUGAUGCACCUGCUCGCGGAGCCAUCGACACUGACCCAGCUGCAGCGACGUGCAGACGCCGCGAUACUGGAGAAGGAGUGCGUCUUUCGGAUUCGAGAUCUCCUCGCUGCUGAGCUGCAGCGGCGCCACGUGCCACUCGAAGCGGCCCAGGAUGACUUUCACCCUUUCUUUGAGCAGGUCGACCGCACUAAGAUGGCCCUAGAAGACUACUACCACGUGCAGAGCGCGAUGCAUACAAUGGCGCCGAUGAUGGAGGCGGCGGUCGCCGUGGCGGAAUGUCUGCGCGAUGUCGAUGCCACCACAUCAAUGCAGGGGAUGCAGCGCAUAAAUGCCGUGGAGGCGGCAAUGAGCUCCUUGCUGGCGCAGGUGCAGGAAGACAUGGUGAUGUUGCCGAAGAACUUGGAGGCGCUGCAGUGCCGUUUUGAGGCGCUGUAG